GCUCAAUAAAACAAAACUUAGUCAACAAUGAAUAAUACCUACUGUACAAAAAGGCUCGUGAGAAGUAUUUAUUCAUCACACUGCUUACUUUUAAAAUAAAGUCAGAAUUUGUCAUUUAUUUUGAAGACAGUUGUUCCGCCGCUCGCUAGAUGAUGCUGCAGCCCUGUUUGAUCAGAGAAACUGGGCUGCUUCUUCUAGAAAAACACACUCGAUUAAACGCGCCCCUUAGUCUUCUUGUUGUUAUUCAGUCGUGUUAUUUCUGUGUUAUUAGUGACUUUGCAAGAUAAAUACGUAAACACCGAGUGAUUUUCCCCCUUCUGAAGAAAGAGCACGGUCAUUAAAGUGAAAACCAGUCCUCUCCUGCUGUGCUAGUAGAUGGCAGCAUGCUGGAUAAAAUCAGUGACAAAGAGCAGCAGUCUAUGCUCUGUUCAGACUGUGGUUGCAGCCUCAGCCCACCACAGCCUGACUCUGACCCCACCAGUACUUCCACUGCUUCUAAACAGCAGCAGACAAACAAUACAGACAUUCCCUCCAAAUGUCCAUCCUGUCAGGCAGGCGGCAGCAGCGUCUCUAAUGGUAGACGACCCCACCGCCGCAUCCGCUUGGACCCUCAUACCUGAAGCCUGUGCUCCAAAACCUUCAUCUCCUCUGCUCACCUAACCCUUCACCUCGCCUCUCACAACAAGGAGAGGAAAUUUAGAUGUAACAUCUGUGGCAAAUACUUCCAUCAGUCCUCCCACCUGAUGGCUCACAAGGCGAUCCACAGUAGAGACAGGCCAUUUAAGUGUCCUGAGUGUGGGAAGACUUUCGGUCAAGCUUCGCAUCUGAAGACCCACCAUCGACUCCACACAGGUGAAAAGCCUUUCAAGUGCACCUAUUGUGACAAAUCUUUCACGCAGAAGGCUGGGCUCUUGGCACAUUUUCGGCUUCAUACUGGAGAGAGGCCAUACAAGUGUGAGAACUGUGGUGCAGGGUUCCGUUCUGUGGCACUCCUGCUCUCUCACAAGGAUCAGGAGGCUUCCAGACAGACCGUACCAGUACCAGCACCUGCACCUGAGCCUGAACCCGAACCACCCCUCAAGCAGCCUGAAGGGACACAAAACGGCAUGGAGGAUCUGAAGUGUGGCAUCUGCUGCCGCACUUUUGUGCGCUCAUCAUACAUCAGACUGCACAUACGCCUGAAGAAAGGACAACGACCUUAUCACUGCAAAGUGUGCAACAAGACCUUUGUCAAGCUGGAUACAUUUGUGAACCACUGUGACAAACACUUGAGGCAGAAAAAGGAGAAAAACAAAGCGGUUCGAGCCAAAGUUGUUAAACCUCCUUUGUUUGUUCCACUCUCCAAGUCUCCCUCUCCUGAGUCUACGCAGCCUUUAUCCCCAGAGGUCAACACACGCUCCAGAGCAAAAGCAAAGACUAAGACUGAGCCGUAACCUGUAGGAUGAAAGAUGUGUAAUAGCACAGUAGUGGUAUUUAACAUUUAACAUAGAAAACGCAAUGUUUACAAAUGAGAGUAAUUCAGAAUAAGGGACAAAAGGCAUGUGAGUAGUUGAACAAUUCCUAACUUACUUUUUACUUAAUUCAUCAUGGAUUUACUAAAUAUACAGUCAAGUUAUUUGAAUGUCAUUAAUAAUUAUCUUUGUAAACACAACAGUGAUCUAGUUUUAAUGCAAAUUUUAAAACAUGUGAAUCACAUGAAACUUAAAAAACUGGAGAUCUGAAACAGUCUGAGUUAAAGUGAAUUGCGUAUGGAACAUGUGUGCAACACUUAUUCACUUUUUUCCAUUGAUCAACAUCUUACUACAGCCCUGGUAUGUACUAUUUAGCUAAUUUAUUUAAGAAAAAUUUUAGCACAAAAACAGUUUUUAUAUUAUUUGCAUGUGCUGUUUAAUCUGUCAGUCUAAUAAGUGUACAAUCCUAAAUCCUUAGAAGUCAUGGUUAAACUUUUUCUUAAAUCCAUACAAGCCCGGUGACGUGUGCUGUAAGGACAAAUGUGUCAAAUAAUGACAGUUAAAUGCUUAUUGUACAGUAGUAGUGAAAAAAGAUUGGUGAGUAAAAUAAACACAAAAACAUGG